CAGUUUUCAUUUUAAGGUUAUUUAAUGUCAAAGUAGGUACUACACUAAAGUUAGGUAUCUAAAAUUCAUAAUAUUACACAUUUUAGUAUAUUAAACUGCAUAAUUAUAAACAAUUUUUUGCUUCAAAUCUAACUAGGACUACAAUGUCUACGCGUUGGUACCCAAUAUAUCAAAGGGGCAACCCACAGUUGCGAGUAUUUUUGCCCAAUUUCUGGAUGAAGUUAAUCAAACCAUUUCCUACGCAACAACCAAACAUUGUUCAAUUUGAGUGUUCCAUGGAAAUGACAAAACAUGAUAUCAGAAACUACUUAGAGAAGAUUUACAAAGUUCCGGUUGUAGAUGUGAGAACAAAAAUUACUCUUGGAAAAUUCCGUAGGGACUAUGGAAAGGGUUAUAUUAUAAAAGAGGAUGAUGCUAAACAUGCCUUUAUUACGUUGCCAAAAUCUAUGAAAUUUGAGUUCCCUGACCUGUUUGAAAGUUCUAAAGAUGAGGAAGAAGAGAAUAUGAAAUCUUUGGAUGAAGCUAAGAAAUCAUACAAAACGUAUAUUGAUCGCAAUAAGGACAGACCAGAUGUACCGAGCUGGUUUUCAAUUUAAUGUUUAUUAAAUAGUGCUAUUAAAAAACUUGUAUAAAAUGUACCAAUAAGUAGUAAUAAAUUUAUGUUUUGUUA